CGUUGUCGGUACCCUGUAAAGCAGAGCAGAUCAUGUGACUGAAAAGCAUGACACAUAGAUAAGGAAGCAGAGUGCAAGUGGGGCAGACUGUCAAGACAGAACUAAGGUCUUCGGGAGACUCCCAAUGCGUCAACCAUGGCCUACCAGUAUGGAAAAGUGCAGGACCCAAAUGUGCUUACUCAGACAAUAAUCUCCAACAUCCAGAAGAUAACACAACAAACAUCUGAAAUUCAGAGAAUUGUGAAUCAGUUGGGAACCCCACAAGACACAACUGAGCUCAGACAGCAGCUCCAGCAGAAACAGCAAAAUGUCAACCACCUUGCCAAAGAGACAGACCGAUGUGUGAAGGAAUUUGGCUCUUUGCCUGUCACAACUGAACAGCGCCAGAGAAAGAUCCAGAAAGAUCGCCUUAUCAACGACUUCUCCAAUGCACUGGCCAAUUUCCAAAAGGCACAGAGGCAGGCUGCUCAGAAAGAGAAGGAGUUUGUUGCCAGAGUCCGUGCCGAGUCCAGAGUGUCGGGUGGUUUUCCUGACGACAGCUUUGGAGGAAAUGGAAACCCCUUUGAAAGUGGGGGGCAGGCCCAGGUCCAGUCUCAGUCCCAGGAGGUGGCCAUCACUGAGGAAGACCUGCAGCUCAUCCAGGAGAGAGAGACUUCUAUCAGACAGCUAGAGUCUGAUAUUACAGAUAUAAAUGAAAUAUUUAAGGACUUGGGAAUGAUGGUCCAUGAGCAGGGUGAUAUGAUCGACAGUAUAGAGGCCCAUGUCGAAACUGCCGACCUUCAUGUUCAGAAUGCCACCCAGCAGUUAGCACAGGCUGCAGACUAUCAGCGCAAAUCUAGAAAGAAGAUCUGCAUUCUCAUUGUCGUUCUGGUCGUACUUGCUGUUGUCGUUGGUUUAAUCAUCUGGGCAUCAGUUAAAGGAUGAUGAUGAUGAUGCUUUUCACACACACUUUGGUCCUGGCAGUUUCAUGAUUCUUUAGGACUAAGUUUGAGUUUCAAGGCCCAUUGCUUGUAAAAUGAAGACAAAUGUGACAGCUGUUUUGUACUGUCACUUUACUAUACUGAACAAAAAUAUAAACGCAACAUGUAAAGUUUUGGUCCAAUGUUCCAUGAGCUGAAAUAAAAGAUUGCCGAAUUUUUUUCCCACAUGCACAAAAAGCUUA